UUUUUUUUUUUUUUUUUUUUUGCACACAAUCUGUUCGAUAAAAUGCUCCAAUAACUUCACACCGAGAUACUCAAUCAAAUGUGUCUCGUGCAUACUAAUUGAAUUUUAGUGUUCCAAAUCACGGGUAUAUAACACACACCAUAUAUUAGUAUCACUACACCUUAGCUUUCAACUUUAAUAUAUAAAAGUUCCAUUUUUCACAUGUCUUUCUCUUUGCAUCUCAUGUUCUGUCAGUAUUUUUAACAUUAUUUUGAUAAAUUUUACGUUUUGACCGGGCAAUAUGGCUCUGUUAUAACUUUAGUUGAGGUUAGUAUUGACAAGAAAAUAUAUAAAUAUAAAAUUUUGGGUUUCCUUUUCAAAGAACCGGUCACAACUCACAUGUUUGACCUGGACUUCCUGGUUUAAAAGAAAGGGCACCACUUAAAAAUUUUCGUAUUAUAGUUGAUUAAAUUCAAAAUUUUGUUAUAUUCACUAACUUCACAUGAUUCUUGAUAGUCUUUCAAGCAACACCAUUUAUGGGUAUUCUUUGGCCUGCAACUCAUCUGAUUGAAGGUCUUUAAUUGAAAUUCAGUGUAAAGAUUCAAUCUUUUUGCUGUAUCAUCAUGUUAUCUGGCAAUUCAAGAUCUGUAAGAUUUAAAGAUGAUACUGGAAUGAUAAAACUUCCCUCUAUGAACAAAGACAACUUAUUUAAAGUCAAAUAUAACCUCGAUGGCAAACAAGUACCCGAACAAAGAAUCGAGGAAAGCCAUCAUUCGUUAAAGUCGAAAGUUCUCUCUCGAGUUUUCUCCGAAGAUUACGAGAGGGUUCGGAAGAAAAUCUUGGAUCCUCGAGGGCGAACAAUUCGAAAAUGGAACAACAUUUUCUUGAUUGCAUGUUUAGUUUCUUUAUUUGUAGACCCUUUGUUCUUUUACUUGCCAUCUGUUCGAACCAAAAACGUUUGCAUCCAUAUCAGUGUCCCCCUUGAGAUCAGUCUCACCAUCGUGAGAUCAAUAGCCGAUGUUUUUUACAUGAUUCAGAUUUACAUCAGGUUUCAUACAUCCUAUGUGGCACCCUCUUCCCGUGUUUUCGGAAGAGGCGAACUCGUUAUAGACUCUCACAAAAUUGCCAAAAAGUACAUCCAAGGUGGUUUCUGGAUCGACCUCGUUGCAGCCCUACCUCUUCCUCAGAUGCUAAUCUGGCUGAUUAUACCGAGCUUAAGUGGUUCAACGAUGGCUAACACGAAAAACGUUCUUCGGUUCAUUAUAAUCUUUCAAUACCUUCCGAGACUCUAUCUGAUAUUCCCUCUAACAUCACAAAUAGUCGAGGCUACAGGCCUUGUAACCGAAACCGCAUGGGCUGGAGCUGCUUAUAAUCUGAUGCUAUACAUGUUAGCAAGCCAUGUCUUAGGAGCUUGUUGGUAUGUUCUGUCUAUAGAGCGACAAGAAGCCUGCUGGAGAAGCGUAUGCCUUAUUGAGGAUAAAAGUUGUGAGGAUAGAUUCUUUGACUGUGAAAGGUUUCAUGAUCCUAACAGAGAAUCUUGGUUCAAUUCAAGUAACGUCUCGGAAAAAUGUUUUCCGACAAGCGGGCUUUACAAGUUUGGGAUCUACGGCGAAGCUGUGACAUCGGAUGUUACUUCGGCUUUGUUCUUUAACAAGUACUUCUAUUGUCUUUGGUUUGGGUUGAAGAAUCUCAGUUCUUUAGGACAAAACUUGGCGACGAGUACUUAUGUUGGAGAAAUCAUUUUUGCGAUCAUAAUAGCCACUGUGGGGCUAGUUCUCUUCGCGUUGUUGAUCGGAAAUAUGCAGACUUAUCUUCAAUCAACAACUGUUCGGUUAGAAGAAUGGAGGAUCCGGAGAACCGAUACUGAACAGUGGAUGCGCCACCGGCAGCUGCCACCAGAGCUCCGGGAAUCUGUUCGGAGAUACGAUCAGUACAAAUGGGUAGCGACUCGAGGGGUUGACGAAGAGUCUCUUCUCAAAGGUCUUCCUUUAGACCUUCGACGAGAUAUUAAACGACACCUUUGCUAUGAUCUAGUUCGACGAGUUCCGUUGUUUGAUCAAAUGGAUGAAAAGAUGCUCGAUGCAAUCUGUGAGCGGCUAAAACCGUCCUUGUGUACACAAGGCACGUGUUUGGUUCGGGAGGGUGAUCCGGUGAACGAAAUGUUAUUUAUAAUUCGAGGAAACCUCGACUCGUACACCACAAACGGAGGCCGGACUGGGUUUUUCAACACAAUCCGGAUCGGUCCAGGUGACUUUUGCGGGGAGGAGCUGCUGACGUGGGCCCUGGACCCACGAACAGGUGUCGUGAUCCCAUCGUCUACCCGAACAGUGAAAGCAAUUUCCGAAGUCGAAGCUUUUGCGCUGAUAGCAGAGGAUCUGAAAUUCGUGGCGUCACAAUAUCGAAGAUUGCAUAGUAAACAACUCAGGCAUAAGUUCCGGUUUUACAGCCACCAGUGGCGGACAUGGGCCGCUUGUUUUGUGCAAGCGGCAUGGAUGAGGUAUAAACGGAGAAAAAGCGCUAGUGAACUUCGGGCUCGAGAGAGUUUUGCGAGCGUUGAUUACGCGGGGGAAGCUAAACCCACGAUGCAUAUCGGUGAAAUGGUUGGACCCAAGACCGGGUUCGUUCAUGGUCAUGGUUCGAGUAAAAGUACAAGGAGGUCUGGGAACUUGUUGUCCGGGUCGAAAACAUCUAGUGUUAGUUCAUUACAGAAGCCAGCAGAACCUGAUUUUUCUGUAGAUGAAGAAUGAAUGAAAAAUCAGAAGAAAAUAUAGUUUUUUUUUUUUUUCUUCAUAUAGACAAUUUCUAACAAUCUAUAUUAAAAAGUUUUAAGGGAUACUGUUAGGAAACUAAUCAUAAGAAUUUUGAAGUCAUUGGAUGUAAUCUUCUGGAUUAUAAACAAAAAAAUAAAAAGUAGUUUAUGAAGCUAGUGUUCUGUAAAAUGUAUAUUACAUACAAUGUUCUGAAUUUGUAAAAUGAAAAUGUAGUUACUUUUGUAAA